AAAUGAAACGAUGCCGCUGGUGCCGCGAAUAUUGUUUUGAACCAAAUCAGGAUACUUUUUGUCAUUUCAUGUAAACUUUGUUAAAUUAAGAAUGGUGUAUGCCUUUACUGUUAAUCAUAAUGUUGUCCAAAUAGUUCAUGCCCAAAUUAAAAACCCUGGCAUGAAAAGAUGACUGCUUCAGAUAUUAUUUAGUUAAUAUCAUGGUUCGUCAUGUGUAUAAAAUUAGGACGGGUAUGAAGAUGAAAUAAUGUUUACAGAUAUAUUUUAUCAUACUCAUCUGUAUUAACACCAUAUAAAACAGAAUGUAAAUACGUGAUGGCAAGAUUCGUUAUAGAAUGUAACAUUUGCCUACAGCACGGUCUUUGAUCCUUACCAAGUAGAAUUACAUUAAUACUUGUUUCGUAAAUCGUGGAUGUGACAUUUCGUAAUGCUGUGGAACGUAUUAGUUUAACCUAAGUUAAAUACACCGAGAAAGUUCAAAGAAGGGUAGCACGUUUUGUAUUAUCGCGAAACAGGGAGACAUUCACUGGCGUGAUGCCUGCUUCACGGGGAGGACGUCAUUAAAACAAAGGCGUUUUUCCUUGCUGUGGAAUCUGCUCACGAAAUUUGAAUCAUCAACUUUCUCCUCCGAAUGCGAAAAUAUUUUGUAGACGCCGACCGACAUAGGGAGAAACGAUCAUCAUAAUAAAAUAACGGAAAUCAGAGCUCACACAGAAAGGCAUAGGUGUUCGUAUAUACCUCGUGCUGUUCGAGAUUGGAAUAAUAGAGAACUAUUGUGAAGGUGGUUCGAUGAACCCUCCGCCAGGCACUUAAGUGUGAUUUGCGGAGUAUCGAUGUAUAUGUAGAAUUGUACGUAACAUUAUUUAUUGUCACAGUUCAUGAAAUCUUUGAUCGAUUAAAAUAGCAUAACUAGGGCCACUACCAAUAUGUCAAGUUUUUUCAUUUUUAUUUAUCUUCAUACAUCGAAGGAUCACCUCUCAAUGGUGCAGGAUUUGUCAGGGAAAACCGAAGUCAGAAUGUCCAGACAGAGCAGCUCUGUCCCCCCAAAUAUGAGUUCACUGUCUUAGCAGUAACACUGAAACCAAAAUAAACUGAAAGAACAAACAUUAAGACUGCAGUUUCCAUAUGAAGACAUUUCAUGAACCUCAUACAGACUGCAGCAACUAUGAACUUUACAUGUAGGCAUAUAUACACAUGGUAUGAUAUUAGGGAGACACUGAUCCAGUAUGAGAAAGCAUGGAGAGCACAUUAUUUUGUUGUGCUUACAAAAACUUCUUGCAAGCCGCAUAGUGUCUCAUGUUGAGUUACCAGUUCUAAACAAGAGGUACUGUAGUGCUUUCUGUAAACUAAGCAGUCAUAGAGCAGUAGCAGCAGAUGCAAAUCACUCCGAGGAACCAGCUGAUGUAUCAAGGAGACUGAAGGCAGCAGAAAAGUGUCAUUCCAGCAAGUCAGGUGGAUUAGCAGGAAGGCCAGAAAUACUGCAAGAAACACUAGGAAACUCUGAAAGCACCAUUCAGCUAAAGAGCUUAGACUUAGCAUUGUCAGAAUGUCUGGAAGAGAAUGACAAGAAUUUGAACUUGUUUAACAGAACUCAGUAUUCUAUUGUAAAUAAAGAUGGGCUUAAUAAUGACAAAAAUGAUAAGUUACACAACACUGGGAAAAUUAGAAGUGUUUUAUCAGAAAUAGCUUACACCUCCAAACGCAAAAAUAUUAAAAAAAUGAUCAAAGUUAAAAAUUUGGAUUCAGAUACGCUUUUGGUUUGGGGCAAAGACUCUCAUCCAGGUGAUGCCUAUAGUACAGAGUCUGCUGCAAUUCAUCCAGCAGCAAACUCAUAUCAAGAAACAAGUGCUACAGUGCCGCAGAAUAGAAUUUCGAGAUAUAGUUUCAAACGUGUUGCAAAGAACGUGAAAAUUGCUCAUAAACUAUACAAAAAUGAGGGAAAGAAGUGUAAAGGUAUUACUCCUGGGCAACGAGAGACAGAAAUAGGUAACACGAACUCUACCAAAUUAAAGAAGACAAUUUCAAAAAGGAGCACAACCACUAGUAAACGUUUCAAUGAUGUAAAUAUAGAAAUGUUACCACAAGCACUGGGUGAACAUCUGUUUGGAGCCAAACUAAACAGUAAUAAACCAACACUUGAGCAAGUGGAAUUAUCUAGAAAUGAACUUCAGAAACAUAACUUACUGAAACUUAACUCGGGAGACAAUGCAGUUGCCGUAGUGAAUGACAAAGGUGGAGAAGUUUUUGAAGAGAUGGAACUAAAUGACUCUGUUUUGUCUAAUGACACGGACAAGUUGCCAAAAUCGGUCAUUAGUGAUAUGGAAGGGAGUAUGGGGAGAGAGAGAGAGAAAGCGUGUGACACCACACAGCCCGGUAUAGAAUCUUUGAAGCUGCCACCAUUGCUUGGCAAAGACAUUGAGGAACAUUUCUGGGUGCUAGGUGAACAGCAAGCUGCACCAUAUCGGUCAAUACUACUGAAGCUUGUGGAGGCAGCGAAACUGCUGCCCCGAAAGCCACAGCCUACCCAAUGGCAGCUGCGAGCUGGAUGGACUUGCUAUGGCCCAGAUGGGAGAGCCACACCUGUUGACUACCCACCAGAAGAUGCACUAGUGUUUGAUGUUGAAGUGUGCUGUGAGGAAGGCGUGGUGCCAACUUUAGCUGUUGCUGCUGCUCCUGAAUCUCAGUCCUGGUAUGGUUGGGUGUCCCAGUCACUGGCAGAGGGCACUCAUGGUUUCAAAGGGGCUGGAAUGCGAGUGUCGCCUGAUGAUAUGAUUCCACUGGACUGUCGAACUCGUAGGAUUCAGGGAAACAAACAAGGCAAACAGUGCCCUCGGGUAGUCGUUGCACACCACGCGGCCUUUGACAGAGCUCGUGUGAGGGAACAGUACAGCUUCCGUGACACUGGCCUACGCUUUGUCGACACACUUUCACUGCAUGUGUGUGUCAGCAGUGUGACAGAUGAGCAGCGCAUGCAGCUGCGGGCUGGCUUGGCAGAACAUGAGCCAUGGAGCCAGGUAGGAUCCCUCAAUGCAUUGCAAGACAUCGCCCAGCUCUACUGUCCCGACAAGCCGCCACCAGAGAAGAGCCUGAGGGACGUAUUUGUAAAGGGUUCCUUGGAUGAUAUUCGGAAGCAGUUUCCACAGCUCAUGGAUUACUGUGCAGGUGAUGUGUUGGCCACUUUGUCGGUACUGGAACAACUUCUACCACUCUUCUUGGAAAGAUUUCCUCACCCAGUUACCCUAGCUGGGAUGCUGGAACUGGGCACAGCUUUUUUACCUGUUGAUGACUCAUGGAAUCGUUACAUCAUGGAAACUGAUGCAACUUUUGAAGAAUUGGAUUCUGAGAUUCAGUUCUUACUUGCAAAGUGCGCCAACACUGCAUGUGAACUCAUGCACAAUGAUGCAUAUCAGAGUGACACCUGGAUGUGGGAUCAGGACUGGUCACUGCAAGAGCUCAAGUUGAAACAGCAAACCAAGAGGUCUCGAAAGAGUAGGGAGAAUGAAACACCUGUACAGCAAGAUGAUGAUGUGAGGAUACCAGAAUUACAGAAAGAGAAGGCACAGCAGAGCAAUAGUGGAGAGGGAGAGAAGGAAGAAGAGGAGGAGAGCUUUAUUGUUAGGUUUGAAAGGCUGGCUAAGGAAACAGCAGCGAGGCUUCCCGCCCGUCCACCGCACAUGCCUGGGUAUCCAGCCUGGUACCGGAAGCUCUGCUCCCGCAACAUGGAUUCUGAAGACUGGUGCCCAGGACCCCAGCUACUCACCACCGGGAUGCAGAUCACACCAAAACUCUUACGGCUGAGUUGGGAGGGAUACCCACUUCACUUUGUGAGAGGCUAUGGUUGGGGCUUCCUCCUGCCUCAAGCAGACCAUGUGUUAACGUCAAAAACCGAAGACUUGCCUAUCCCAUUGAAAGAAGAUGAAAGUGAAGAAACUGAGCACUCUGCAGUAUGUAAAGGGCACGAAGAUGGCAAAAGUUGUCCACCAGAAUGGUAUCACGGUACUGGAGUGUGGACAGGGAUUGAAGUGGAAGGACACUGGUUUAUGAAGUUGCCUCACAAAGAUGGAGCAUCAGCACGUGUUGGCAAUCCUUUGUCACGGGACUUCAUGGGGAAAUUUGCAGAACACGUUCUGACUGGUGACUGGAAAGGAGCCCAGCGUGUCCUAGAAGUGGGCCGAAUGCUCACCUACUGGCGCAAUAACCGCGACCGCGUGCUGGGCCAAAUUGUUGCCUGGCAUUCUCCCGACAGAGGUGUUCUCCUUCCACAGGUGAUAGUAUGCGGAACACUUACUCGGCGUGCAGUGGAGCCGACAUGGAUGACUGCAUCAAAUGCAAGGAGUGAUCGUGUGGGCUCAGAACUGAGAGCAAUGGUGCGAGCUCCACCAGGCUACUGCAUCGUUGGUGCAGAUGUGGAUUCUCAGGAGUUGUGGAUAGCUGCGCUGCUGGGAGACGCUGCUCAGACACGAAUACACGGUGGAACACCACUUGGCUGGAUGACAUUAGCUGGGAAAAAGAAAGAUGGCACAGAUAUGCACAGUGUCACAGCCAAGGCAGCUGGCAUAACUCGUGAUCAGGCCAAGGUUUUGAACUACGCACGGAUAUAUGGUGCAGGCUCUGCUUUUGCCGAGCGUGUGUUGCAGCAAUUCAAUCCAGGUAUUUCAGAGAGUGAAGCUCGUUCUUCUGCAAGGCGCAUGUUUAGUCUGACCAAAGGUCGUCGGCUAUUCAGACCGCUGGAAUCUUUAGUUGAUAUCUUGGGAGAGAAACCCGUAUCCAAGACUGAAGCUCUUCGGUGUGCACGAAGGAUGGGAAAACCUGUCAGUGAACUUUUUCACCCACCUCAGUGGGAAGGAGGAACUGAAUCAGCCAUGUUCAAUCGCCUGGAGGAGAUUGCUUGCAGUGCAGAGCCUCGAACCCCUUUCCUCAGCGGCCGCCUGACACGUGCUCUCGAGGAAAAUGACGAUAGGACACUGCCGACAAGAGUCAACUGGGUUGUGCAGAGUGGGGCCGUCGACUUCCUCCACCUGCUGCUUGUUUCUCUCCGCUGGCUUCUGCCACCGAGUGCUCGCUUCUGUCUGAGCUUCCAUGAUGAGGUGCGUUACCUUGUCCCUGAAAGAGACAAAUAUCGUGCUGCAACAGCAAUGCACAUUUCCAACCUAAUGGCGCGUGCUUUCUGCAGCAGCCGUGUGGGCAUGUAUGACCUGCCCCUGUCUGUUGCAUUCUUCUCAUCAGUCGAAGUUGACAAAGUGCUUCGCAAGGAAGCAAGUGAUGACUGUGUCACACCGUCCAAUCCUCACGGGCUGAGUCGAGGAUAUGGCAUCCCACCGGGGGAGUCACUUGAUUUAAUAACUGCUCUUCGAUUGUGCAAUUAUAAACCAUGGACAGGUCUGUCUUGUGUAAGUAAAUCGGACAAUAACAUGAAGUGCAAGAAGAGAGAAGAGGAUGAAACUCAAAGUGUUUGACAAAGAAGACUCUCAUAGAUGGAAAGAGGAUGGAAUGUUACAAAUACAUUUAUCUGGAUGAAUUUUCUGUUUAUCUUUGUCCCUUAUGGAAAGAGAGUGAAGUGUAUUAUAUAUUUUUGAAAAAUAUGAUUGGAAAAAAAAUUUGAGUGCAAUAUAA